AGGGGUGCAGCUUACGUCUGCUGAGUGUAGCAGCCAAUACUCGCUUCCCGACAUGCCUAGCUAAUGGUAACCGCUUUUUGCCAGGCUUAGCGUAGCUGUGAGACUUCUGGGUCAGGGACCCAAAGCGCUUUUGCCAGCUCCUCACACCUCUGCUUUCGACUCCUGGGGCCGUGCAAGCGUCUGGUGGGACAUGGCGAACUCGGACUGCGGAGUCUGCGGAGAGCAUGAGGAGGCCAGUUUUCUAUACUUCGCCUACGGCAGCAACCUGCUGACAGAGAGGAUCCACCUCCAAAACCCCUCGGCCACGUUCUGCUGCGUGGCCCGCCUGCAGGAUUUUAAGCUUGACUUUGGCAACCCCCAAGGCAAACAAAGUCCUACUUGGCAUGGAGGUAUAGCUACCAUUUUUCAAAGUCCUGGAGAUGAAGUGUGGGGAGUAAUAUGGAAAGUGAACAAAAGCAAUUUAAGUUCUCUGGAUAAGCAAGAAGGGGUUAGCAGUGGAAUGUAUGUUCCAAUAGAAGUUAAAGUUUACACUCAAGAAAAAAAAGAAAUAACCUGUCGAAGUUAUCAGAUGAAAAACUACGUGAGUGCACCCCCAUCACCACAGUAUAAAAUGGUCAUUUGCCUGGGUGCGAAAGAGAAUGGUUUGCCACUGGAGUAUCAAAAGAAAUUAAAAGCAAUAGAACUAAAUGACUUCAAAGGAAAGCUCUCAGAAGAAAUUGAAGAUAUGAUCAAAAGGGGGAAACAGAAACUAAGCAUUAGAACAUAAUAGGCUGUCUCCAAGGAUAGCUAUGUGGUACUAUAAAGCAUUUUUAAUGUUUGGUAACAGGGAUCUGGGGUAUCUCCAUGUUUAAUAUAUUUUCAGUGGUGUUCUGAAGGGAUGUCUCACUUGGGCGGUUCCUUGUUUUCAGACUAUUAACAGAAACUGGCUUGGGAAUUAGACAAUUAAAGAAGGGGCCAUGAGGCAUUGGAGUACCUGACAAAUGGAUACGGGAACUUUUGCUCUGAACACUGAAAGCUGUUUUCUUGAAUUGAUUUUAAGUGUAUUCUUGCUCUGUGGCAAAAGAUAAAUUUGUGGCCUGCUUAGUGGUGGUGCUGGUGGAUUGCUCUGCUGUGUCUGGGAUUCAUAAUCCAGCUUAAUAAGAGCGUGAAAACUGCAGAGACGGACGGUAAUAAAACAAAAUUUGAAAGAUGGUA